ACAUUGCGAGAUCAGUAGAGAUUGUACAAUUGAACGUUGCAUCCAUGAAUUGGGAGGCUGGAAUAGGCAUAUUGCUGUUGUUUCUCAACUGGAAUAGCUGUGUUAGAGCGACAAAUCCUACAAAUGAUGGAAUUAUGACGAGCUCGCCGCUGGCACAUUUGCAGGAAUUAUACGAGAAGGCUGAAGACUUGAUAUCCAGCUUAAGAGUGGAAAUAAACCGUAUGCAAAAAAGUUCCCGCUCAGCAGAAACAACGAAAAUAGCAAAACAACAAGCCUAUCCGCCAUCAUGUCUGGCGGCGAUGAUCAACACAAAUGGCAUAUACACCAUAGAGGUGCCGGGUCUGAGACCCUUUCCAGUGUCGUGUGACACUGGCAAGGCUGGCGCCGGAUGGACCGUUAUUCAGCGUCGUCAAGAUGGCAGCGAGAACUUCUAUCGCAGCUGGGCAGAAUAUCGCACGGGUUUCGGCAAUCUGAGUGCAGAGUUUUUUAUGGGACUGGAGCAACUGCAUCGGAUCACAAAUGCCGAGCCCUACGAACUGUUCGUCCAAUUGGAAGACUUUGAUGGGGAAUCGCAUUAUGCGAAAUACGAUCGAUUUGUGGUUGCCAACGAAUCUGAGGCGUAUGCAUUGCGUGUGCUAGGCAAAUACACAGGAGAUGCUGGAGAUUCGCUGAGAUAUCAUGUGGGAAUGCCGUUCUCCACAUUCGAUAACGAUAAGACGACCAAUCACUGUGCUCUGACAUAUGUGGGUGCCUGGUGGUAUAACGCCUGUCAACAUAGCAAUUUAAAUGGCCAGUAUGUUGAGGGUGGCAAUUAUGAGGUGAAGUUAUCGGGUCGCGGCAUUUGCUGGCAGAGUUGGCGGGGCUACGAUUAUGGCUACAAGCUGACACAAAUGAUGAUUAGGCCAAGGUGUCGAGCAACUUCAAAAGCGCCCUGAGGCCGGCGACCAUUAUUUAUUUAUUUGUGAAUAUUCAGCGAUUUGUAAUAUUUAGUGCAAGUUACAAAUCGUAAAAAUAUAUCGAUCAGUUUGCAAUGCGUUUUAGCACACUAA